UACCUGCACGCUAGCAUUAUUGGUGUCCAUGGUCAGUUGACCGACUCGCGGUGUUUGAUAGAUGGACGCUUCGUGCUCAAGAUUACCGGCUUUGGGCUCAAUUGCUUGAAUGAAGCUGAAAUAAGGAAUAAGCGACUUGAACGUGACAUGAUGUCAUUUGAACUGCUAUGGAUGGCGCCCGAACAUCUCCGCCUGUACCCAGCGAGCCGUCAGCGCUCACAGGCGGGAGACGUGUACAGUUUCGCCGUCAUUCUGUACGAGAUGUGCACGCGAGCCGAGCCAUUCACCGAGGAAUCUUGGUACAUAUCAAUUAGCGACACCCUGGAUAAGAUUAAGAAUUGCGGCAUCAAGCCUUGCCGGCCGAUAUUGAACGAGCACGAGCAUAUACCGGAAGUAGUGAAACUCGCUAAGCAGUGUUGGGAGGAACUCCCGUCGGACAGACCAACGUUUCAGAAUGUGAGGAAAAUUCUGAAGAACAUUAGAAUGACGAGAAACAACGGCGAUUCUAAGAACGUUCUGGACGUGCUGCUACAACGCAUGGAGCAAUACGCCAAUAACCUGGAGAGCAUGGUCGAGGAGAAGACACAGGCGUUCCUAGAGGAGAAGAAACGUUCAGAGGAGCUGCUUUAUAAGGUCCUGCCAAGAAGCGUGGCGGAUCAACUGCGAAUGGGACAUUCUGUAAACCCGGAAGCCUUCGAGUGUGUUACCAUCUACUUCAGUGAUAUCGUCGGCUUUACUACCAUCUCCGCAGACAGUACGCCAUUCCAGGUCGUUGAUUUGCUUAAUGACCUAUACACAUGUUUCGAUGCCAUUAUUGAAAACUACGACGUAUACAAGGUUGAAACAAUCGGCGACGCUUACAUGGUGGUAUCCGGACUCCCUGAACGCAACGGGAAUGAGCAUGUUCGACAGAUUGCUCGGAUGUCCCUUGAAAUAGUCCACAGUGUGCGACAGUUCGUGAUUCGUCAUAAACCGGAAGAACCGCUACGGGCGCGUAUUGGAUUACACUCUGGUCCUGUCUGCGCAGGCGUGGUUGGACGGAAGAUGCCUAGGUACUGUCUGUUUGGGGACACCGUGAACACCGCCAGUCGUAUGGAGUCCAACGGAAAAGCAAUGAAAAUACAUAUCAGUGAAGCCACUAUGGAACUUCUUUUGCCAUUUGCCACUUUCACCAUAGAAGAGCGGGGAAUAAUCGAGGUCAAGGGAAAAGGGCGAGUGCGAACCUUCUGGCUUCAGAACGAGCUAGAAAACUCAGGCAUGAAGUUAGAAACAGAGACACCCUAG